UUAUUAAUUGAAAGAAAAUAGAAUUCGUCAAUCAAAAUUGUUGCUCCAUCAUCAUCAUCAUCAUCAUCAUUCCCAUAAUCGAAAUGAAUUAAAUUGAGCAUUUAUAAACACAUCUGUAAAUGGAAACAAAUCCUGUCAAGAAAUUUUGUUGUUGUUUUUAUGAUUCACCUUUACAACAAACAACAACAACAACAAUAGAAAAUCAAUUCAGUUUUUUCUAUUCGGAAAUUUUCGUUACUUUAUAGUAGAUUUCUUGUGUUUUGAUCCAAAUAUACACACACCAUUCAUAUUUUUAAAAAAAACAUGGAAAAAAUUUUAUAGCCACGCAUACACCGGAAACAUUAAUUUCAUUGUUUUGAUUUUCACUUUUUCCCCAUAUACUUGUUGAUUUAAUUAAAUUCAUUGUUAUUGUUAUUAUUUGGUUCCUAAAUGUUAUUUCAACUUAGAUUUUAUGAAUUUUAUAAACGACAAAAUUAUCGCCACAUACGAUUAUUGUUGAUGAUAAUUGUUUUGUUAUUUAUUUUUUAUUUCAUUAAAAAUGUCCAUCAUUCAUCAUUGUCAUCGUCAACGUCAUCAUCAUCAUCACUAUUAUCUGAUCAAUCAUCAUUAUCAUCAUCAUUAUGGUUAUCAUCUAUAAAUCAUUUUGAUGAUAAUCUUGAUUCAAUGAAAAAUAAAUUACAAUAUGCUGUGAUGAUUGAUGCUGGUUCAAGUGGUAGCCGUGUUUAUAUUUAUGUAUGGCCACCACAUUCUGGUGAUAUGAGACAAUUGCUCAAAAUUCGUAUGUUACGUGAUCAAUUAGGACAUGAUGUUUAUCAUUCAAUAACACCUGGAUUAUCUUCAUGUGCCUUGAAUACAUCAUCAGCAUCAUUUUAUAUAACACCAUUGUUGGAAUUUGCUGCCGAACAUAUUCCAAAGGAAAAACAUAAAGAAACACCACUUUAUAUAUUGGCUACGGCUGGAAUGCGUUUAUUGGAUACAAAAACACAAAAUUCAAUUCUGGAUAAUCUACGUCAAGAAAUACCGAAAAAAUUUUCAUUUUUAUUCACAGAAAAUAGUGUGGCCGUUAUCACCGGUAAAGAAGAAGGUCUUUAUUCUUGGAUUGCAUUAAACUACAUGAUUGGUCGUUUUGAUCAUACAAUUGAAAAAGGUCCAUCGAUUACAAUCGAGAAUGAUGAUAAACAAUGGAAACGUAUGAAUACUGUCAGUAUGAUUGAAAUGGGUGGUGCAAGCAUUCAGAUUGCAUUCGAAAUAACAACCAAUUCACAAUAUAAUCAAUUGAAAUCACGUUUUUCAAAGGAAAAAUUUGCCAGUAAAAUAUUUGAAGUAAAUCUUGGCUGCCAUGAACAUGAUAUUAAUCAUCAAUAUCGAUUAUUUGUUACAACAUUUUUAACAUUAGGUGCAAAUGCUGCACGUAAAAAUUAUGUCGAUUAUCUAAUUAACGAACAAUCAACAAAUCUACAAUACCAUAAUAGUAGUUUGACAACCAGAGAAACGAUACUAUUUGAUCCAUGUUUAUCGAUCGAUAGUUCUGAAACGAUCAAUACUACAAAUCCUAGUCAUACAUCAACAUUAUCAUCUACACAAUAUUUAUAUCAUCUUAAAGGUAGUGGAGAAUUUGAACGUUGUGUGGAAAAACUUCGUCAUAUGAUCAAUAUCGAUGGUAUUCAUUGGUGUCUAGAUAAUAAUACAUGUCCAUUUGAAGAAUUGAAAAAUAUUACUGUACCAUUCAUUGGAACGGAUUUUUAUGGACUUUCAGAAUUCUGGUAUUCAAUGAACGACAUAUUUCAUAUGGGUGGCCCGUAUAAUCCAGAUAGUUUUGCUAAAUCAUCUGGAAAAUAUUGUUCAACCAGUUGGUUAGUAACACAAGAUCGUUAUAAACGAAAACUUUAUCCAAAUGCUGAUUUUAAACGUUUAUUAUAUCAAUGUUUUAAAUCAUCAUGGAUUUAUUCAAUAUUACAUAAUGGAUUUCGUAUGCCAACGAAUUAUCAACAAUUUCGUUCAGUAUCAAUGAUCAAUGAUGAACCAGUACAAUGGACAUUAGGUGCAUUAAUAUUUCGUACAAGAUUUUUUCCAUUACGUACAUUAGAUCAACAGCAUGGUGUUAUGAGUGAACAUGUUGUUAAUCCACAUGAAUCAACCAAUCUUUAUAUUCAAUAUUUAUUAUUCACAUUAUGUAUGUUGGCCGUUAUAUUCUGCAUUUGUAUCUAUCUUCAUCGUUUACAAUCAAUGUUGAAUGUCGGUGGUGGUAGUAGUAAUCAUAAUAAUAAUAAUAAUUAUAAUCAAAUGGGAAAAAAUUUCUAUCCAUCCAAUGAAGAAUUGGUACAGGAAACAUAUCCAUUAUAUCAAGAUGAUGAUCAUAAUGAUUUUCAUGAUGGUAAUAAUAAUAACAACGAUAAAUCAUAUCGUAAACAGCAACAACAUAUGUGUAUGUGA